GACGCACUGAAGCACUUCCGCUCCCUCCAGCCAAUCUACAUGAGCCUAGCUGGAAAGAAUGACGUCUGCUUCAAGGGGUGGAGGCAGGAGUCACCAUGGAACAAUUUAAAGAGGAGGGAGUUAAUAUGAACCAACAUAUUGAGCCCCCACACUGGACAGGCCUCACGGCAGGAGGAGGGAAGACACCACAGACACCUCCCUAGAUUCAGAAUGGAGAAGUAUAAACCCAGUCCAUAGAGGGGCCUCUCCGAUGCCAAGAGCUCUAUUGUUCGUAAAAGGAAAAGAAACUAUUUGCUCUGCUCCCACUGCUAAAAUCCCCUCCUCCCUCCUUCCCCUUUGUGUGUAUGCCCGUCCUCUCUUCUCUGUCAAAUGGGAAGGAAGAUUUUGAGAUUUCCUCUGGUUCCCUCCAGCCUUCAGGUCCUCAUGCCUGGCCUGCACCAGGCUGCGUAUGCCUCCCUGAGCUAAGACAUCUGCAGUCCUGUCUGUCUGUUGCAGGCUGGACUUGUCGGGAUGACUGCAAGUAUGAAUGCAUGUGGUUCACUGUUGGCCUCUACCUUCAGGAGGGUCACAGAGUGCCUCAGUUCCACGGCAAGUGGCCCUUCUCCCGGUUCCUGUUCAUCCAAGAGCCAGCUUCUGCCGUGGCCUCGCUCCUCAAUGGCCUAGCCAGCCUGGUGAUGCUCUGCCGCUACCGCGCCUCUGUGCCAGCCUCCUCCCCCAUGUACCAUACCUGCAUGGCCUUCGCUUGGGUGUCCCUCAAUGCUUGGUUCUGGUCCACAAUCUUCCAUACCAGGGACACUGACCUCACAGAGAAGAUGGACUACUUCUGCGCCUCUGCUGUCAUCCUGUACUCUGUUUACCUGUGCUGUGUAAGGACCGUGGGACUGCGGUACCCAUCAGUGGCCAGUGCCUUUGGAGCCCUGCUGCUGCUGCUGCUGACUGUUCACAUCUCUUACCUGAGCCUCAUCCGCUUCGACUACGGCUACAACAUGAUGGUCAAUGUGGCUAUAGGCCUGGUGAACCUGGUAUGGUGGCUGGCCUGGUGCCUACGGAACCAGCGGCACCUGCCUCACACGCGCAGGUGUAUGGUAGUGGUACUGCUGCUGCAGGGGCUGUCCCUGCUGGAGCUGCUCGACUUCCCACCCCUCUUCUGGGUCCUGGACGCCCAUGCCAUCUGGCACAUCAGCACCAUUCCUGUGCACAUCCUCUUUUUCAGAUUUCUGGAAGAUGACAGCCUGUACCUACUGAAGGAAUCUGAAGCCAAGUUCAAGCUGGCCUAAAGACCCUGGGAGGAGUCGAUCUGCCUCGCUCCUGAUGCUGCUCCCUGCUCCCCCUUGAGAUGAUUGUUUUUCUCCUUCUAGCUUCUUGAACUUGAACAUGUGGGGGAUGGGCUUGGAAUCCUAGCCACCUGCCCCUGGCUGGCUCUCACAGAGCAAGACCCCUGUCUUGGGGGUGGCCUCCUCAGGUCUGGGGCAGGGAACAGGUGGUCCUCCUGUGCCUGAGGCUGAACUGGGAGCAAGCUUUGAAGUUUUACAGGGAGGAGCGAUGCUUCUGUCUCCUUAGCCUUUUCCCUUUUCCACGUCACUCACCCCAUAGUACCACCCCAAGCCACUUACCCCAGAGUACCAUACCCACAGGCCUUUGGGGUACACUGGGGUCUCUUUCUGUCAGGGAGCCACUAGGUGGCACUGGAGGCCUGCUCUUCAGCUGCUCAAGUUUCUUUGUGGGUCUGAGGAACCCAGCUGCUUGGGCUGGUACCAAAGAGGAGUUUCCACCCUGCCUCCUGCACCAGCCAUUCUUGUCUCCAGGGCCAGGGCCCCAGGGGCUUCCGGAUUAGAACCCUGGCUGCUGUUCUGGUUGGGAGUGGACACACUGACACAUAGAGGGAUAGGACUGAGCCAAGAGCAGAGAUGACCAGAUAGUCAGUGAGCUGGGUUUGACAGUACUGGGGCAUUAUGGGCCUUAACUUACAGUGUAGAGAGGGUGUGUGUUCGUGGGCAGGUGGGUGAGGGUAGUUUUGGGAAGGCAUGUAUGUGAGAUGAACAUGCCUGGGCUACACUGGUAGGAGGCUGGAGUGGAAUGGGGAAAUCAAGUCAUCACCAGCAGUCAUUUGAGCUCCAAGUCUGCUCAAGACCCCA